AUGCAGUGUCUGGUGGAAAGUUUGGCAAGCAUGUAGAUAUGUACUUCAGAAUCCACCCCAAUCCGCCACAAGAAUCAGCACUAAGUGUAGCUUCUCAUGCAUACAAGACAGGCGUUCAGAUGCACAACCAGCGCCUUCAUUCCAAUCCCACCACAUCCUCCGUAACCCCCAAAGCCGCGCCACCCUCUCACUCCAUUGUCCCUCGCUCCAGACGGUCUCUUAAGUCCUCAGAGCCAAUAUCGACCGAACCAGCCCCUUCAGUCCCAUCACUCUCUACACAGCAAUUAGAUGUAAAGUUCUCCCCCACCGUAGAAAAAAAGCAUACCUAAUUCAUCCAUUUCCGAGUCAAUAUACGUAAUGGGUCUCUGUUCGAUAACAGCCCUAUCAUCAGCU